CCCCCUGUCUCCCCUCCCUGCCUUGUCUCCUCCUGGCUUCUUUCCUUUUCAUGUGAUCGGUCAACCGGGACACUGGUCUCGUAGACACCGCAGUCCGGGACUUGAGAAACAGAUUGGGGUUAAAAAAAAAAAAAAUCAAAAGCGGAGCGGAAGAAGGACGGUGCUGAGUAGGACAGAAGCAGAGCACAGUCUCAGGCACCGCAGAGGUGGCCCCCCCACGGCCCGGGACCUUGGCCCCGGGCGCCAACGGCAUGACUGACGCGGCAACUGCUAACGGGGACGACAGGGACCCCGAGAUCGAACUCUUCGUGAAGGCUGGAAUCGAUGGAGAAAGCAUUGGCAACUGUCCCUUCUCUCAGCGUCUCUUUAUGAUCCUCUGGCUGAAAGGAGUCGUGUUCAACGUCACCACUGUGGAUCUUAAAAGAAAGCCAGCUGAUCUGCACAACCUGGCCCCAGGCACCCAUCCGCCUUUCCUGACAUUCAAUGGGGACGUGAAGACUGACGUCAAUAAGAUCGAGGAGUUCCUGGAGGAGACCUUGACCCCUGAAAAGUAUCCUAAACUGGCUGCAAAACACCGGGAAUCCAACACAGCAGGCAUUGACAUCUUUUCCAAGUUCUCAGCCUAUAUCAAAAACACAAAGCAACAGAACAAUGCUGCCCUGGAGAGAGGCCUGACCAAGGUGCUGAAGAAACUCGAUGACUACCUGAACACCCCCCUGCCAGAGGAGAUUGAUGCCAGCACUCAAGGGGAUGAAGACAAGGGGUCCCGGCGCAAGUUUCUAGAUGGGGAUGAAUUGACCUUAGCUGACUGCAAUCUUUUGCCUAAGCUCCAUGUGGUCAAGAUUGUGGCCAAAAAAUACCGCAACUACGAUUUCCCCGCUGAGAUGACAGGCCUGUGGAGGUACCUCAAGAAUGCCUAUACCCGGGAUGAGUUCACAAACACCUGCGCUGCCGACAAAGAGAUUGAAUUAGCCUACGCAGAUGUAGCCAAGCGCCUCAGUCGAUCCUGAGCACAGCCAUCUCACCCUAUUGCUGCUACAGGACUAAGCUUUCCCUAAAGGACUCUGGCUUCACAGACUUUUCUCCCAUGUUGCUUCAGGAAACAUUUUUUUUAAUUGGGCUACAUCUUGCAGGCAUCAUCACAUCUUGUUGGCAUCAUUGGAAAUUCAGCCUGCUGUCUUCUGCUAAAUUCAAUGUCAUCUCUGUCCGGUCACUCAGGAUUCUAGUAGCAGAAAUGAUGGGCACAGUAAAGCUCUCAGCUUUCAGGCCCAAUCCAGGUUCAGCAUAUUUGGGGUCAGUGUUAGAGAAAUCAUCACUGUCCCUUCUGCCAACAUCAAACUCUCUACAUAAGCAACUUGCAACAUCCUACCUUCUUCCAUCUGCCUCUGUCAGCAACUCCAAAGCCAAGGUCAGAUGCCAUCUGACUUCAUAUUGGGAAGACAUCCACUGCUGUGUUACCUGAGAUGGAGUGGAAUGAGGAGCACAAAGCUGGCUUUGGAUUUAAGCACCUGGUAAACAGUGUGCUUAAGUGGCUUUCUACUCUCGGACACUCCUGCCCUUAGUCACUGAAGCCCAAAUUGGAAAAACACUUCAGACAGUUUCCAUUUACUGUAGAGAUGUAAAUAUUGAGAAGGUAUCAUGCAGCUAACCUUGGCUUUUAUGCUGCUCAGGCCUUUCCAGGAAAGAAAAUUGCAACUUCAAACUGGGUAACUGGGAAAAGCAGGGGUAAGGAAGCAGUGUUGAUGCCAAAAGGCCCACAGGGGUCUACUAGCCAUGGGGGUUGCUUGGUUAGGGGUAGUUUAUUUCAUCAGUGAUUACAUGCCAUGUCAGGGUUUGGCUGUGUUUAUCCAGGAGUGAACUGUGUUCUUUGGGAAAAUUGUUGGGAGGUGGAGGGAUGGGUAAAGAUCAAACAGUUUUUAUGAGCCUUGAAGUUCCCUGGGAGUCUUUUAGACAGGUCUUGCUCAUGAUCCAGCUGAGCAGAAGCCCGAAACCUGGCCAACAAUGACUUUUCAAUCUCUUUACAUCAGUUUUGGAGGCAGGACUGCCAGCGGGGUGCUCUCAGGUAGCCAUUCUUGUUUGAUUCAACUCCAGCCUCUCAUGGAUAAGAAUACAUUUUUAGAAGAGAAACAAUUGUGAAAUUAUCUUAGGAGUGAAGUCCAUGGCAUCAUAUGGUCUGAACUUAAAGGAAAAUAUAUAACCAGCUGGGUGAAUUUUACUACCAUUGACUCAAUAGACAGAUGAAAAAAGAAAAAAAAAAUAAAGCAGGGAGACUAGCUCACAUUUCACUCCUGAGUCACUAUAAUUCUUUGUGUUGCAUUUCCUUAAAGCCUGCCUGUGUUUGAGCAUAGACAUCUCUUUAGAAUCUAUGAGAAUUGAAGUAAUCAACUGCCUAUCCCAGGGCAUAUACCCUUGAGAAAAGUCACCCAUCACUGGCCCAUGCCUUCAACAAUCCUCUCUUAUGCGCUGCUUGCUAGGAUAGGGUGAGUCUCACAAGGGUUGGGAAGUCCCAGGACUUGCUUUAUUUCUCAAGUGAGGGUCCUUUCCAUAGAAACAUCAACAACUGUUAACCCCAAAUUUAACCCUGGACCUACCUGCCUCCAGGGAUCUCUGAAGAAGAAAAGUGAUCCAUUGCUCAGAACACAGAGUGGGAAAGCAGGAGGUCUACUUAGCCCAUUGAAGAGAAUUAGAUUUCUUAGGGAGGCCUUGUAUAAGCUUGUGAGCUUAGACAAAGCAGAAUGAAUUGACUCAUUCCCACCUCUCUAGGAACCUCUCCACAGGCUCCUUGGAAAGUUUGUCCCCAGAGGUACUUACAAAGGACAAGUGGUGAGUUCUUUUCUUUUUUUUUUUUACUAUAGGGAAAAGCCCCAAACUGGUCUCCUGGGAAGUGGAGGCUUGAGUGGUCCCCAAAAGCCUUUUAUUUAGUGUAAAAUCAUACUGACCCCCAUAGUCUUCCCCUAAUUCUAGCAGUACAAGCAACAUGACCUAAAAGAGGCUGCUUUCCAGAGAGACCCUUCGGGACACUAUUCUGGAAGCAAGUCUGUUAGCAGUGCUAGGUGUGACAGAGAAAAUAAGCAAACUACACCCCACCCCUGCUGCCGCCCCCCAAAAUUGCCCUAAUGGCAAAAAUUUUUGUCCCGAUUUGAUUUUUUCAGCAAUUGACAAAUCCUUAAAAAGUCUGUAGAUACAAAGAAGUUAAAACCAAAUCAUACUGUUGCUUCUUCUCUGUGUUAGUUUUACCUUCGUAACAACAAUAAAGCAUGGGGUGUGAGAGGAAGGGCAGUUAGCUGAUCAACUAUAAUCAUUUAAAAGAGGGUGAGAGUUAUAGAAAGAAAGUAGGGCUAGACACUUUAUUGAGGAUUGUAUUUUUUUCCAUUGUAGCAGUAGGUUAUCAUAUAGUGCAAGCAGCUAUUGACCGAGAGCUUUAAUAUCUUGUGACCAGAUCUAUCAGAUGAUUUUUAAAUAAUCAUAAUAAUGUUUCCUCCUAAUUACUUCUUUUUUUUUUUUUUUCUCUAGGCCCUUCAUGCUCUCUUGGGUUUGUUUGGCCACAGUCUUGGCAUAUACAAAGCAAAUCAUUUCCCAGAGACAGUGUGGUGAGAUCCUUAGGAUUUCCUAAGUAUCAAGCCAGAAAGUACUAAAGGUUUGUAGCUUGCCCCCACACUCCAGAGCUUUAUGUUUUAAAGACCUAAGGUAAUUUCUUUCCUUUGGUCUUAAAUAUCAGUAAUCUUGAAUAGCUAUUAAUACAGUAGAAAGCACUUGGGUGUCACAGAAAGGAGAUUCAUUUGGGUUGAGAUUCUUUUUUCUUCUAGAUUUCUUUCUUUUGACCUUCACUGUGUUUUAUGGGGCACACAGUGUGAGGAAAAGACAGAAACAAAUAUCGAACCAGGAUGGCUACAUACAAUUUACUCACCCACUCAGUAUUGUCUGCCUCUCAGGAUGGUCAGAAAUGUAGUUCUAUGCACUGGGAUUAUACUUGAAAAGUGAAGAAACACUCCAUCCAUUUGUUUGGUUGUACAAUCUCAGACUCAUUGCAGCUUCCCAGGAAAUGGUUCUGUUCUAAUCCCCUAAGUUCACCUAAAGUGUUUGUGGUGAUUUAAUUUUUUUUUUUUUUUUAAAUCAGGAAAAGCCUAUGAGUGAGGUUUCUUGGGCUACAUUUUCUAGCAUUUGUCAAAUGAAACAACAAGUUCUUCCCAAUGGCUACUCCACAGAUGAGUCCAAGAGUUGUUGCAAAAUAGAUCACACCUGCAAUAUAACUUGAAGAUGUACUAGUCCCAGGGGUGAUUAAGACUGGACUAAUAGAAUCAAAGACACUGGGUCAGGAAGGUGAAAGUCUAUCAACGAAGGGUUUUCCUUCCUGAGAAAAUAAACUAUGUCUAAAAUGAAAUAGCUCUAGAGGCAGCAAGUGACCAGUAGGCACCUCUGUGUUCACCCCUGUUCUUACAGAGCAGGAGCCAUUUCAACUGGUUAGUCAGUCAAGAUGCUGGUGCCUCCCUUCUUGGAAAGAUGAACUUUAAAAUAUGUUUAAAACUAAGUUCAAUGAAUCCUAAGGGAUCACUUCCUUGCUUUUUUGUCGAGAAGUCAACAGAAACUUAAGCACUAGAGAAAGAAGAAUCCUGGCUCUGACAUCAGAACAGAUAUGAUUACAUCAUUGGCUUAUGGCCAUUUUUUUUUUGUACACAUCCAUUGCUCCUUAAUACUCAGAUCAAAUAAGCCAUGCCUUUCUCAUGAAUGCGGAUGCCUCUCCUUUUGUAAAUAUUCUUCUCCCAGUUUGGUACACUUUCAUCUCAGAAUUAGUUAUGAUUCAAAGUGUAAAUAAUUUUACUUAAAAAUUGAUUGGAUAUUCCUCUCUCCAAUGAAAAUUAAAGAUUGUUUUAUUAUGAAGUUGAGCUAAUGUCUGUUGCUAUAAAAGCAUCAUAUUAUUAUUUUUUUUGCAAAACAUAAUUUUAAGGAUCCAAUUAUCUAAAGCAUUUUAUGUUGAGAGAUUUUGCAAUAUGGACUAUGCAUCCAUUUAAAAUAUAAAAUAUAAUAUACUCAGCUGAUAAUUUGACAUUUUCUUUUUCUUACUACUUAGCUGUCCCAUUUUGUAAAAUGGGGAUGAAUUAACUACUCUAGCAAAAGACGUCUAACUUUGAUAAAACAAACAUUUCAUUUUACAAAGAUGCACCAAAUGACGGUUACUUAAUUUUCUCAUGACCUUUAACUGUGUUCAUAAUACAACAGAACUUGCUUUCAAGCCUUAAUAAAUGUAGAAUGCCUCUUAACAAAAAUAUUGCUGAGUUUGUCUUCAUGGAUCUGAACCAGUUAUAAACCUGUUUUCCAGUCUUGAUUGGUAUUGACUGAUUCAAAUAAAGUUGGUUUACUUUCAAAUAUU